CCGACCUAAUGAAAUACCAUCGUAGGAUCGUAGGACCAUAUCCAUAUAUCCACGUACAUCGUUCGUCGUACCGUCGUUCAUCCUGCUCAGCUCCUCUAGAAACUCAGGAACGUCUCACUCGAGAGCUCGAUACAGCAUUCGACAUUAUUAUUCAGUCGACAUCUUAUCAGUCGUUGAUCGCCUAAUUCGCCUGACGUUUGGCGUCUAGCGUCGACCAUAGCCAUACACGAUACGAUACUGUACGAUGUCCACCCCGGAUCCGCCAAGACUUACAUCUACAACUACACCACCAGCGCCGACGAGGUUCACAGCGAGCCUGGACAAGCUCUCUUCCACUUCCACUUCCAGCACCAAGAACUCCUUCUAUUCGAGAUCAAGCUUGACAUCUAAAUUACCUCUAAAGGGAGGUAUCGAUUACGAUAUCGCUAUCCCCUUCAAAGACCUCCCCCUGAAAUCCCUGCACUCCCUCCUCUCCUCCCUGGUAACAAGAACACUUCCCUCGGCACUCUCCUUGUUCCUGGUUAUCUACCUGUCGUCACCCCAUACGAGGACGGAUGGAUUGAGGGGGUAUGUACCGGUGGGGAUCGUGGUAGGGAGGGUUGUCGGGGAUGUUGGGAGGAGACGAUUGGGGUUAGCUGGGUUGGGUGGGGGUUAUGGGUAUGCUACGGAGGAAGGGGAAGAAGCGAAUACGAAUACGAAGUCCAAAGGGGGUAGAUUGAAUUCCUCCUCGGGGGGAGGGGACGAUGAGGAGAAACAGAGUGGGAAUUUCAAAGUCGAUGUCAAUCUCGAUGUUACCUCGGCAUCCGCAUCUACAUCAUCGACUUCAACAUCAUCACCUUCUUCCCCUUCUUCCCCUUCUUCACCAAAAACAACGACGACGACCACAACCACUCGCUUCAGAGGACGAAAAGCAGAGAUCCUCUCCGGAGCCCUUGAAGCUGCCCUCGCAUUAGGGUUGAGUUUGGCAGUCAGUGGGAAUGGGAGUGGGAGUGGGAGUCGGGGGAAUACAGGGUUGGGGUUGGGUUUGUUGUCCCUGAUCGGCACCCCCCGCCCUAACAACCUCAACCUCAACCCCACACUCCUCCUCGUCUCAUUGAUUACCACCUACACUUCGUACACCUUGUACGGCGGCGCAAAUGGGUCCGAGUGGACGACUGUCAUUGGAGCGUUAGGGGUUGUGGUGUUGGAUGCGGGGAGACGGUGGGCGGGUUUAGGGGCGGCGAGGGGUAAUCUGGGCGUUGGGACGGCCAUCGCCCUAACAACCUUCGGGACCAUCCUCAUCCACCCUCUCAACGCCCCGACCUUGGCAGCCGUCUUUGUGCUCUUCUUCGUCAUCCUCGUCUUUGCCCUCAACCCGCCCAAGCUCGUCUCCAGCCCCGGUCCGAAGCAAAAGACGGUAUACAGGGAACUGGCGGUGUGUACGGGGUUGUUGGGGGUCUUGCAGGAGGCUAGAGGGGGGAUGUGGGUCUUGGCAGGGAUGUUCGCGUUAGGGUGGGUGGUCGCCAGGCAGGACUCUCAACAAACACAACAACAACAGCAAUUGUUGGGGGAGCAGCAGAACCGCGAUCAAGAUCAGCAUGACGACGGUGCCUCUUCAGCGAAACGUUCUCGAUGGGCAAGGUCGGUCGCCGGGAUGGUCGCUUUCGUGGCCGUCAUGAUCAGCCUGUGGAGGUACCCUGGGUUGGGGAUGGGAACGAUCCGUGGGGAGUUGGGCGUGGUCACCGGGCCGAAUUGGAGGGCGGACGUGGAUUUCGAGCUCGCCCUGAGUCAUUAUGACGAACCGGUCGAAGGGCUCGCCGAUACGAUCCGAUACGUGCAAGAUGGAUUGCCCCGGAUGUCCAGCUCGAGGGUCACGGUGUACUCGAAGAAGCUGGAAGGGUCCGAUCGGCAUGGUCUGCAGAGGUUGUUAAAAGAGACCAAGGCGGACGAGGUGGUCGCGCUCGCAAACGUCGGAAGGGAGGGGGAGACGUAUCUGCAACACAUCGCACGACGAUACUCCAACCCCCGCGCACCUCUGGCCAGGCAGACCUUUUUCCUCCAACCACACCUGGCCUGGGAUUGGGUGGCUAAACCUCGUCUCAAGGAGGUCUACGCGGAUACGGGUUUCAUCUCCUUUGGCCCCUAUUUGAACGCUUCGUGUACGGGCGACGGGUCUGAGAAGGAUAGUCAUGGGAUGAGUUUCCCGAGGAUCUCACAGAUCUAUGCGAUGUUCAAUGGGGAUCUUUGUCCGUCGACCGGGUUCAGCGUCACCUGGGCCGGCCAAUUCCUCGCGUCCAGAAAACGCAUCCAAGACGUCCCUUUACAGACGUACUUGAACCUCCUCGGGUACUUUGACGUCGAACCGAACUCUGCCGACCCGAAAGCGUGGAUAUGGAAGGAACAGUGGUGGAACGCGAAACCGAGCGAUCCGACGUUAGGUCAUUGGUUGGAACGAAGUUGGCCCAGCGUGUUUAGGUGUUCGCAGUUGGACCUGGCGGAUUGUGGGGAACAGCCUGGGGAGCUCUGUCAGUGUAGGGAUCGGGUGGAGUAGGAUAGGAACUCGUUCGAUCGGGGUCUUUUGCAUAGGAGCUAGGAGCUAGGAGGGUUGUUUCACGAUACACGAUUACAUGACAUGCGUGGACGUGAACUCACGAUGAAGAGUUUCGC